GUGGGUCCCAUGUACGAUUUUCUUUUGCUUGUGAAGGCAUCAAGAAUCGUCGUCUGCCAGAGUAUAGAAUAAUUUCCACUUGGAGAGUUCUAACCCCAUGUGCCUUUGUUUGACUAUUGUGAUGUUUGAUUGACUAUUGAAGUUUUUGCCUUCUUCUUCCCACUGUUUCCUUCUCAAACGCUAUAAUUUCUUAUCUCCUUCCACCGUCUAUCCAUCCGUUGGUAGUACAGAUUGCUCAUAGAACCUUUACAAACCGUUCGAUUUCACCUUUUCCAUUUCUUGAAAUUUUCGUACAUCCACCGUCUGUCCGUGUCUCCAUCUGUACUACGGGAUUGCUCAUCAGUGCCUCUACAAGCCGUUCGAUUUCAACUUUAUCUGAUUCUUGCCAUUCUCGCUCAUCAACAGUCGGUCAAGAAGCCUGCCCGGCACUGGUUGAGUGCUCUGGACACAAUUCAUCUCUACAUUCACCUUGCUCAUACAAAUCUUGUGACCAUCGGAUUUCGCUGUUGCUAAUCAACGGUUUCCACAUCAACAAUAUACCACUCGUGUGUCUACAAACCCCAGCUAGAGCUUGAGGUAUGAUGGAUUGUUUUAAGGAUCAUUUUGAAGUUGUGAAGUUACUGUGGAAUCCACUUGCUCAACAGAUAAUUUAUGUGAUUGAUCUAAACAAAAAUGUGGAGCAUUUGAAAACAAAGAGGGAUAGACUUGUUGCUCGAGUAAAAGAUGUGAGUGAUAAAGUUGAGAGAGCUAAGUUGCAGAGGAUGGUUCCCCUAGCUGAAGUGAGCAAUUGGUUGAACGAAGUUGAAAAUGUUAAAAAUAAAGUGACGGUCAUCGAGAACAAAUUUGAAGAAUAUAAUAGAUGUGGCAUAGGAUGUUUGCGCAAUUAUUGUAUAGGUUGGAAACUAAGCAAAGGAGCUUUGGAAAAAAUUUCUGAAAUGGACAUGCUCAUGGAAAACGGAUUAUUUGAGGGCGGUGUUGCGAUUGAUGAGCUACCAGCAACAGCACAUACCUUACCCAUGACUUUUCUAAAAGGUAAAACAUCAGCUGAAAAAACAUUAGAUCAGAUUUUAGAUUGGAUAAUGGAUGAAAAAAUAGGAAUCAUUGGCAUAUAUGGGAUGGGAGGGGUAGGAAAGACGACAAUCAUGAAGAACAUUAACAAUCGUCUCAAGGAUGCCAAACUUUUUCAUAGUAUUAUCUGGGUGACUGUGUCACAAGAUCUUGAUUUGAAGAGGCUGCAAGCAAAAAUUGCGAAGCAUGUUAAAUUGGACUUGAAAGAGUGUGAUGAUGACGAAGAGAGCAGGGCAACAGCAUUACAUGAAGCAUUAAUGAAGAGUCAAAAGUUUUUGCUCAUCCUAGAUGAUAUGUGGAAGGCAUUUUCACUAGAAAAAGUUGGAAUUCCUGAACCUAGUGAAGAGAAUGAUUGCAAGAUAGCAUUGACGACUCGAUCAUCGGAUGUUUGUCGUGGAAUGAAGACAAAGAAAACCAUUAGAGUAGAAACACUUUCUGAAGAGGAAGCAUGGCUUCUAUUCAAAGACCAUAUCGGUAGUGACAUGGAGCUGGAUUCAGAUGUAGAAGCUGUCGCGGAGCUUGUGGUUGAAGAAUGUGGAGGUUUGCCACUGGCGCUCGUCACGGUUGGUGGGGCUCUUAGGGAUGUUGAUGACAUUCAUGAAUGGAGGCACGCAUUGAAUCAAUUGAGAGGCUUAACGACCGACAUCGAAGGCAUGCAAGAUAAUGUCUUUGGGCGGCUAAAGUUCAGUUAUGAUCGCUUGAAUGAUGACAAGAGUCGUGCUUGUUUCCUGUAUUGCUCAUUAUAUCCAGAAGAUUACCAGAUCCCUGUAGAAGAGGUAAUUAAAUAUUGGAUUUGGGAGGGGUUAAUAGAUGAAGUAGGGGAUACUGAAGCUGAAAUUGACAACGGGUAUUUCAUAGUGAACAGACUUGUGCGUGCUUGCAUGCUAGAAAGCGGCGUUGAUUAUAAUGGCAUUGAGUUUGUAAAGAUGCAUGACUUACUUAGAGAUAUGGCGAUCAUCAUAACGAAUCAUGAACCACGCUUCAUAGUCAACGCUGGGAACAUAAUGGAAGAGUCUUUGAAAGAUGAGGAAUGGGUAAAAGAUGUUGAGAGGGUUUCCUUGAUGUACAGUGGAAUCAAGAGUCUCUUAGAAACACCCAACUGCUGUAAACUCACUACCUUGUUUUUGCAAGGUAAUCCUCUUGAAGGUCAUAUCACUCCAUCCUUGUUUCAGCAUAUGUGUGUCCUCAAAGUCCUUGAUUUAUCCUAUGCUAGCAUCAAGUGCCUGCCUGACUCACUUUCUAAUUUGGUGAACCUCCGUGCCCUGGUACUAAAAUGCUGUGGGUUUUUAACCACAGUUCCUUCACUAGCAGGCCUGAAUGAGCUGAGGCUAUUGGAUCUCUCUUCCACAGCCAUUCAGCGACUUCCGCCAGGUAUGAAACGAUUAAAAAAACUAAGAUUCCUUGACUUAUCGGAAAUGCACAAUUUGAAAAGGAUUCAGGCAGGACUAGUAUCUAAGCUUCUCCGUCUCGAGCACUUCUCGGCAUUGUACAGCCACUGUAUUCAGCCAUUCAAGCCCCAAGAGAGAAGCCUAUUAGAUGAGAUCACAAGACUAACUCGGUUGGUUCAUCUUAGACUCUCUUUUCCUAAUGUGGCGACCUUCUUACAUUACAGUGAAUCUGGGCAGUGGCAAAAGUUGAAGAAAUUCUCUUUCGAUGUCGGAUAUGGGAACAGAAUGUCUAUGAAAGCAAACACCUCACUAUUGCAGCAAUACGAUUUAAAUUCUGUGAAGAAACGCUUUUUAGAUUCCGUGGAGCGUUCUGUAUUCGUAAAUGACCUGCAAAUCGCCACUAGAAAGAAUCCCCUCUUAAUGCCUGCCAAUACAAAUGGCUUGUGCAUCUACAAAUGCCCCAGCAUGGAGUUCAUUGAUAAUGCCUAUUUCCUCACCGCCUUACAACACUUAUCUCUUCAUGGCUUACAAAACCUGCAAACUUUCUAUCAGGGAGCUGCAACACCUGGUGCCUUUCGAAACUUGAAGGAGGUAACAAUCAAAGAAUGCCACGGGCUGAAGAAUCUAUUUUCGGUUGCGUCGUUGAAGAACCUCAAGAACCUUGAAACAAUAUUUAUAUGUAAUUGCGAAGGAAUGGAAGAAUUAGUGGCCGAUGAGGAAGAAGAAGAGAUAAGUGAAGUAGACAACAGUAAUAAUGAGAUUAUCAUCACAUUGCCUAUGUUAAAGAUUCUCAAUCUUCACAAGGUAUGGAAUUUGAAGAAGAUUUGCGGCAAGCGACUUGUGUGCAGUUGUAUGGUAUCCAUUGAUAUAAAAGCUUGUCAUAAGCUGCAGCAUAUCUCCCUCUCCAUCAGCACCACCUUGUCUAUGACUCUUGAAGGAGAGAUCCGAGGAACUAGGAAGUGGUGGGAAGCAUUGGAAUGGAACGAUCUGGCCACUAAACCUCUCCUCCUCCCUCUUUUCAAUGAAGUGGGAGAUGAUGAGGAUGCUGAUGAGACCGGCCUGUAUCCCGAGGACAUCGAAUUGGUAAUGAAAGAAGCAAGAGUUUCCAGGUCCAGUGCCGUCAUGGCGCUUAGAGCGGCCAAUGGUGACAUCGUUUCCGCCAUUAUGGAACUUAUAGAGUAGCACUAGCCAAGACACAUCAUCGCAUUUCUCUGUACCUUUCCAGUAGCGACGUCGGUGCUGAUUGGUGCCGGAAAAGCUCCAUGGCCCUGCAAUGAUGUAUGUGGUUUUAUCCAUGCUACCAUCCAUUUUUUCAGCUUAUUUAUAAGCUAAAAAAUAAGCUACGAAAUGAUGUAUGGGGACGUGAAGGGACUGGAUGAAGGAAUGGACAAAUUGUGUUCUAGACUGUUGAUCUGAUGGGACGCAUUGUGGAUGGAGAUACCAAAACUAAUCUCUCAAGAUAGGAGAUCCUAACCCUUUAAUUAGUGUCCUGGAAAUAGACAGUUACAAAAUAAUUCAGUAAGUGCCUAUUAAAAAGGAACAAAAGAUUCAUUGGCUAGGAGCUCCCAUUGAGUAUUGUUGUAGCACAAACUUUUUAAGACAUUCUACAAUUUAACUGCUCCUCUUUUACUUUGUGGCAGGGACACAUAUAGAUGGAUCUUCAGAGUAGUAUUGUUUUGGAUAAAAUUGAGAUGACCCGAUGUAUAGAGGUGAGACUGUCGAAGUGGAAAUGGGCUGAGCAGGGUGACUCUACAACUGAGUCCGAACAAAUUGGGGAUAGGACUCAUCAGCUUACAUGGCAACCUUGUCUUCGGUAGCUGACCCCAUUCACCGACGACAUUCAUGUUAACUAUUUAUGAUGUGGACUCAAAGUUAUAUUUUUGACUGGUUAUAGUAAGUGAAUAAGGUAAUCUUCUAGAUUAGUACAUUUCCUUUUCAAUUUUUUUUUUCUUUUUUAAAAUUAAAAUUGUAUCUCUUAACUGAUCUCCACAAAUUUCUCCCAAGACAUCCCAUCUCUCUAUGUAUAAUUUCCCCAUUGUUAGUGGAAUAAACAUACACAUAUGUAAUCUUAUGAUCUAACAUGACUCAAAUGCAAUGUUUAUGGUGGGCCAUGUCAAUGGAAGCCAUCACCUGUUCUUGAA